UUAACUCGUCACUCGAGCAUUCAUCGAAGCUUCUUCGUCCCACUUCCGUACAAUAUCCGCCCUGAAAGAGAGACGCGUGUCCAUUCCACACAUUUAAUUACACAUUUGCCUCUACCUUUCGAUCCACUUAAAAUCCCAGAAGCCAAUCCAUUUCUCGCAUCGACCUUUCUCUCUCUCUGUGAACGGUGCAUGGAAUGGCGGAAAACAGAAUUCCGGCGACGAUGAAUCUGUGGACCACCGACGAUAACGCCUCCAUGAUGGAAGCUUUCAUGAGCUCCUCCGACUUCUCCGCCCUCUGGCCUCCGGCGGUUCAGCCGCAGAACCCGGCGGCUUCCGCGGGUUUUAACCAGGAGACUCUCCAGCAGCGCCUUCAGGCUCUGAUCGAAGGUGCCCCCAAGAGCUGGACCUACGCCAUAUUCUGGCAGUUGUCCUACGAUUUCUCCGGCGCCGCCGUCCUCGGCUGGGGAGAUGGCUACUACAAGGGCGAAGAGGACAAGGCUCAGCCUUCGCGGCGGAGUCCGAGGACUUUUUUCUCUUCUCCGGCGGAGCAGGAGCACCGGAAAAGGAUCCUCUCGGAGCUCAACUCGCUUAUCUCCGGCGGAGCUGUCCCAUCCGACGACGCCGUCAACGAGGAGGUGACCGAUACUGAGUGGUUUUUCCUGGUCUCUAUGACUCAGAGUUUCCCCAGUGGAUCCGGGUUGGCGGGCAAGGCGUACUCGACGUCGAACCCGGUUUGGGUUAUCGGGUCGGAUCAACUCUCCAGCUCGGGUUGUGAGCGGGCGAGGCAAGGUGGGGUAUUCGGGUUGCAGACCAUCGCGUGUAUACCGUCGGCGAAUGGAGUCGUCGAGCUCGGGUCGACGGAGAUUAUCCGACAGAGCUCGGGUCUAGUGAACAAGGUCCGAACCCUGUUCAAGUUCGACGGCGGAGAUUUGUCGGAGCAUCACUGGAGCCAUGACCCGGAUCAAGGCGAGAACGACCCAUCCACGUGGAUCUCCGACCCGACUGAUUUAGGUCCCGGAACAAACGAAUCGGGGCAUGGAGCUCCGAGCUCAAGCUCGCAGCUUUUCUCCAGCACUAUAACCGAGAACCUGAACCCGAACCCGGUUUACUCCCAGACCCAGAAUCCGAAGUACAACAAUUUCUCACGAGAAAUCAAUUGCUGGACCACGAAUUCUAUUUUGGCGAUGCCACGAUCCGGGGAGAUUCUGAGCUUCGGCGAGGAUGCUAAACGGGGCUCCGGUCCGAAGCCGGGACCAUACUCGUGUCAGACCCAGUUCUUGAGCAGCGACAGCAAGAGGAAGACGACGAAGUCAAUCCGAAUAAACGAAGAUGGGGUUCUCUCAUUCGGAUUCACCGGCGAGAAAUUCGGCGACUCCGACCACUCUGACCUCGAGGCCUCCGUCGUGAAGGAGGCGGCGCCGGAGAAACGUCCGAGGAAACGUGGACGAAAGCCGGCGAAUGGCCGGGAGGAACCGCUCAACCACGUCGAGGCGGAGCGACAGAGACGCGAGAAGCUAAACCAGCGGUUCUACGCGUUACGAGCAGUAGUUCCCAACGUGUCGAAAAUGGACAAGGCGUCACUGUUGGGAGACGCAAUCUCUUACAUUAACGAGUUGAAGUCCAAACUACAAAGGGCCGAGUCCGACAAGACACAGUUCCAGUGCCAACUCGAGAACCUCAAGAGAGAGCUAGCGGGAAGACACGCGAACGCAAACGCGGGUAUCCUGGACGCCAGCGAUUCAUCGUCCGCGGUUAGCAAACCGAUAGGAAUGGAAAUCGAAGUGAAGAUCAUUGAAUGGGACGCGAUGAUAAGGAUCGAAUCGAGCAAACGCAAUCACCCGGCGGCGCGAUUGAUGACGGCGUUGAAGGAACUGGAGCUUGAGGUGAAUCACGCGAGCGUCUCUGUGGUGAAUGAUCUGAUGAUACAACAGGCGACGGUGAAGUUAGGGUUCAGACCCUACACGCAAGAGCAGCUCAAGGCGGCGUUGAUAUCCAAAAUCGGAUAAUUGUGGGGUCAAUUUGUCAUUAACACGUUUUAGAGGGGCUAAUCAUUUGUAGCUUUUCAGUUUUUAAGGGGUUAAACCAUUAAACAAAGUUCAAUCAUAUGUGUGACAGAAGGUUCAUGUGUCGUACUAAUAAUGAUUUAUUAUACAUAAUAUAUUGUUUAGAUAACUCUUCAGUAAUAUUUUAUUUCCACU